UACUGCGCCAUACUGGAACGCGUCUACAGAACAAUUUGUUAAAGACUGGAGAACGGCAGUUGUUAGAAUUGUUGUUAAGGACCAAAAGGAUUUGGAAUAUGAUCCAGUAAUUGGAAUGGCGACAAUUCCUUUAAAAGAACUUCUUGAACAGAAAGGAAAGAAAGGAGCAAAAUGGUAUCCAUUGCGACAUGGCGUUGGAUGCGGCAAAGUUCGAUUGAGUUUCGUAUUUAAAAGUUUAGCGAUUAAUUUAUCACCGGAAGAAAAAGGAUACGAAGUAGGAACUUUACUUGUGCAUUCAAUUGUUGCUGAAGAUUUAGAUCCAAAACUAGCGUGCAAUAGUAUGUCCUUGACUCUCUCAUUAUGUGGAUCUUUGGAAAGUGAGCGAUAUACAAUAUUAUCUCACGGUAAUCCGCCAAGUUGGCUUGUUACUUCAAAUUGUGCAGAAGACCAAAAUAGAUUGCAAUUUGGAGUACUAAGGCGUCACAGAACCGGACUUAUAAUUACAUUGAAACAACGUGGCUUAUUCGGAAUGACUUACAUAGUAGGAAAUGCUAUCUUUUGGUUAAAAGAUAUUCGUGAUUGUAAAGAAGUUGAAGUAAAGUUACCAAUAUACACAAAGAGUUCUGAAAAUAAUGAAAAUAUUAGUGUAUUGCAAGAUCAGGCAGUACAAGAUAAUUUGACGAAUAUCAAUAAUAAUAUUUCUCGUUCUAAAAAUGGAAAUGUUGAAGACAAUCAAUCGAAUGCGAUUGAAGGGUCAUCCAAAAAAGUUAUUCUCAAUACUCUCAAUGAACAAGAACAAUCACAUGAAACCAUUUCCAAUGAAACUACGUCCAAUGAACCACACAACAAAGAAAUCAUUUACGACGAGCCACAGCAAUUAUAUAAAUCUGUUGAAUCGAGCAAUGUUUCACCAAAUGAAUUAUCUCAGCAGGAAAGAUGUCAUCGUUUCUCAUCUUUGUCAAGCGAUACGAAGAAACAGUGUAAAGGUUACCUCAAGGUUAAACUUUAUUUCCGACCCGGUUUAUCGACGGCUCACGAGGAUGAUAUUAGGAAAAGUUUAACGGGAGUAGACGCAAAUAUCUUGGAGAUUAAUCCAUUUCAAAACGUUGAAAGAGAAGAUGAUGAAUUUGACAUUGAAGAAAGAAGUUUACCCGAUGGUACUGAAAUGUAUGAAAGCGAGAUGGGAUCAGGACGUCGAAUAAAUAGAGUCCAUCGUCGGAAAAGUAUGAGGCAAUUUCAAUGGGUUAAAGAUUUGGUCAGGGCUCAGGUUACAAGAAAAAUGACUGGAAAAAAGGAUUGGGAAGAACAAGAAAUUAUGGAACACGAAGUCUAA